AGACCUCACACAAACAAAUGCUCAGAAAUGAAGGCACGUCCUUAUUAUUUAUUACCCUUCUCUCUGUCCAUUUCCUUAUUCCUUCCCUCAAAACUCAAAUUAAAAAACAAUGCAGUCCAUGCUAAACCUUCGUGCAACUCAUGGCGUUCCACUUUGUCUCUCUGGAAUUACUCACCCUCUUACUCUUCCUAAAGAGAUGGCUGAUCAUGACCGUAGGAGGAAGGCCAUGAAGAGACAAAGAUUACGAGCCAGAAGAGGUGGUGGUAUGCAUGCAAAUCAACAAAAGGGUAUCCACAGAUACAACUUUGAAAGUGAUUUUCUGGAGAUCAAGGUUGAGGAAUAUGAUUAUGGAGAUCUAGAUGACCUUAUCUUGCAUGAUCUGUUCCAUACUUACCUGGAUUUAACAGCAAAAGCUGCAUAGCGCCAUAGCCUAUUAAUUCUUCACCACUAUUACUAUUUCUGGACUCUAUUAUUUGUGUUGUAUUAUCGUCGUGUUUUUUCUUUUCUUUCAGAAAAUUUAAGUGGGAUGAAUUUUGAGAAUUUGUUGGGAUUAGAGCAUGUAUUAAAGUUUUAAAAAAAUAAAAUUAGGACUACUCACACCUAUCAACAAAAUCAUCAUAUCUUUAGUGUGAUUCAAACUAUUCUUAUAUGAAAUCGUUUUUUACUGACUUUUA